ACAUUUGUAUCUUCAAGCUUAACCAAUAUCACGUGUCUAAAAUUUUCUGCUCUUGUUUCACUAAAACGUUGACUUUUAGAUAAUGGAACUCAAUCUAGAGGUGAUCCAAAGAGAAGUGAUCAAACCUUCAUCACCUGCACCUCAUGAUCGCCUUCAACUAUCAGUCAUCGAUUUUGGCAUUGCAGAAGCUUGCGUGCCCAUGAUCUUCUUCUACAACCUCGCGGAUCUUGCGGAAAAGUCCCCGGAUAUUGUCUCAACAAGGCUGAGAAGCUCUCUAUCCCAGGCGCUGUCACGUUUCUAUCCUCUCGCUGGAAAAAAAGAAGGUGUCUCCAUCAGCUGUAACGACGAAGGAGCUGUGUUCACAGAGGCACGCACAAAUCUCCUCUUGUCUGAGUUCCUAAGAAACAUCGAUAUCAACUCUCUAAAGAUUUUGAUUCCGACACUCGCACCAGGAGAAUCUCUGGAUUCUCGGCCGUUGCUGAGUGUCCAGGCUACUUUCUUCGGGUCGGGAUCAGGUCUUGCUGUUGGGAUCUGCGUCUCUCACUGUAUCUGUGACGCAGCCUCAGUGUCUACGUUUGUCCGAGGCUGGGCUGCAACAGCCAGAGGGGAUUCUAAUGAUGAGUUGAGUACUCCUCAAUUUGCAGAGGUGGCCAUCCAUCCUCCAGCUGAUAUCUCUAUUCAUGGCUCACCUUUCAAUGCCUUGUCCGAGGUUAGAGAAAAAUGUGUCACAAAUCGGUUUGUGUUUGAAUCAGAUAAGAUCACAAAGCUCAAAAUCGUGGCCGCCAGCAAGAGUGUGCCGUCCCCUACACGUGUGGAAGCCGUCAUGUCACUUAUAUGGCGAUGUGCCAGAAAUGCCUCACACGCUAACUUGAUCGUCCCAAGGGCCACAAUGAUGACUCAAUCCAUGGACUUGCGGCUUAGAAUUCCUACUAAUGUUUUGUCACCUGACGCGAUUGGAAACUUACAAGGGGUAUUCUUUCUCAAAAGAGGCCCAGGGAGCGAGAUAGAAAUCAGUGAAGUCGUGGCUGAGUUUAGGAAGGAGAAAGAAGAGUUCAAUGAGAUGAUAAAAGAAAAUGUUAAUGGCGGCCAUACUAACACUACACUUGGUCAGAAAAUCAUGAGUGGUAUUGCAAAUUACAUGUCGGAGUUGAAGCCCAACAUAGAUACGUACACCAUGUCUAGUUGGUGCAGAAAGGCUUUUUAUGAGGUCGAUUUCGGAUGGGGUCGUCCAGCUUGGGUUGGACUCGGCCAUCAAGAUAUCCAGGAUGGUGUGAUGUAUGUCCUGUUGGUGGAUGCUAAGGAUGGUGAAGGUGUUGAAGUAUGGGUAGGCAUACCUGAACAAGACAUGGCAGCUUUUGUCUGUGACCAAGAAUUGCUUUCUUAUGCAUCUUUAAAUCCCCCAGUCCUGAUCUAAGCACGUACCAUGAUAUACAUCAAGAUUGUCCAAACUUUGUCAUGCAUGAAUUGAUUGUUAUCGCACAUUGCUGCUCUAUGUUUCUUUGAAUAUUUACUUUUGCAUUUCGUUAUGUUUGCUUUUAUCAACCAAGGAGGUCACUCCUUUUUCAUAUUCGUUUACUAUUUACUCUCUUAAAUUUAUGGUGUUUAUCUUCUUUUUUUUUUUUUUUUUAAU